AUGGACGCCGCUAUAUCCAAUUUGUCUGCCAAAGAGCGAGAAGCUGUUAUGGCAGAAUUUGACAAAGUACAGUAUCAGGAUACUAUGGAAACAUACAAUGGAAUAACUCAAAGAUGCUUUAAUGAGUGCGUUACUUCCUUCAAGUCUAAAGAUUUGGAUAAACGCGAGACUGAAUGUGUUGGAAAUUGCGUCAAAAAGUUUAUCGCAUAUUCGCAAAGAGUUAGUAUGAGGUUUGGAGAGAAAGCUUCUUAG